AUGCCUGCUUUUGAGGAUGCCUCCCAACUCAAGGAUUCUAUGGAUCGUAAAGCUGACAGCCUUCUCAGGAAGUCUUGGGAAGCUGCCAUGUUUAAUAUUAAAACCAAUAUUGCGGCUACCUCAGUCGCCAGAUCCAUGUAUCUUUGGUUGGGAGAAUUAGAAGCCCAUAUAAAAGAUAAAACAUCUAGAGAAGAAAUCCUCAAUUCUCUCCCUCUUUUAAAAUCUGCCACGGCCUUUCUGGCGGAUGCCUCGGCCGAGUCGGUCCGAUUCUCCGCCAGAGAUGCAGCACUUUUCAAUUCGGCCAGACAAGCCCUUUGGAUGAAGUGCUGGUCUGGGGACAAGACAUCUAAAUUGAAACUCUGCUCUAUACCCUUUUCUGGAGAAUAUGUGUUUGGCCCGGUCCUAGAUAAAAUUCUAGAGAAGGGCCGGAACAAAAAGAAGGGGUUUCCGGAAGAUCGUCCCUUCAAGCGCCGGUUUCCUUUUCACUCCUCCUCGAAUCAAGAGAAAAGUUACAGGGGGAAAGGGAAAGCUGGAGUUAUCCAAAAGGGGAAAGAGGAAGAGGCCAAUCCUCCUCCCACCAAAAAUCCUCCUAUAAGCAAUGACGCCGGAGUGGGGAGAAGACUCCGAAUUCCUGGGGACAUGGGAAUCUAUUUCCCAAAAUCCCUGGAUCUCCAAAUUCCACCUCCAGAAAGAGGCAGGGGCUACUAUUCAACAUUAUUUCUAAUAAAGAAAAAAGAAGGCACGUUUCGAACUAUCAUAAACCUGAAACCAUUAAACAAGUUUAUUCGUUAUCAGAAAUUCAGGAUGGAAUCCCUGGCAUCUACAAUCCCACUUCUAAGCAAAGACGUCUUCAUGUGUACAAUAGACCUGCGAGACACUUACUACCACAUUCCCAUUCACACCGAUUCACAGAGUUUUCUCCGGUUUGCAAUCCAGGAUAUAUCAGGGAAGAUCCAUCACUACCAGUUCAGAGCCCUUCCCUUCGGGAUUUCAUCAGCCCCGAGAAUAUUUACCAAGGUAGUGGUAGAGAUGGUCGCCUUCGUCCGGAGGAAGGGACUUAUGGUAAUUCCCUACUUGGACGACUUCCUUCUGAUCAGCGAAGACCUCAGUCAAAUCAGAUCUGAGGCUAUCGGAGAGAUGGAGCGGCUGCUGCUGGGGCUUCUGAUCCCGGGGCUCCCGGUGCUCUGCUCACAUGAUGACCGGGAGAAGGAGGAGGAGGCGCGGAGCCCCGGCGGCUUCGAGGUGGUGCGCUGGGAAUGGCACAUGGUGCAGACUCCCUAUCUGGUGGCCUUGUGGAUCUUUGUGGCCAGCCUGGCCAAGAUCGUUUUCCACCUGUCCAGGAAGGUGACAACCGUCGUUCCCGAGAGCUGCCUGCUGAUCAUCCUGGGACUGGCCCUUGGAGGGAUUGUCUUGGCCAUUGCCCAAAGAGCUGAGUUCCAAUUAGAACCAAGUAUGUUCUUCCUCUUUCUGCUCCCCCCAAUUGUCCUGGACUCCGGCUACUUCAUGCCCACUCGCCUCUUUUUCGACAAUAUUGGCGCUAUUCUCAUGUACGCUGUGGUGGGCACAGUAUGGAAUUCCUUCGCCACUGGAAUAGCCCUAUGGGGCGUAAAGCUGUUGGGGCUUAUGGACCCUCAGGUGGAGGCUGGUCUGCUGGAUUUCCUGCUCUUUGGCAGCCUUAUUUCAGCUGUUGACCCCGUCGCUGUGCUGGCUGUGUUUGAGGAGGUUCAUGUCAAUGAGACCCUAUUCAUCAUAGUAUUUGGAGAAUCGCUGCUUAACGAUGCCGUCACUGUGGUUUUGUACAAAGUGUUUAAUUCCUUUGUUGAGAUGGGACCAGGGAACAUCCAGGCGGCUGAUUACAUGAAAGGCGUGGGCUCCUUCUUUGUGGUGAGUCUUGGAGGAACAGCCGUUGGUUUAGUGUUUGCUUUCCUGCUCGCCCUCAUCACCCGGUUUACAAAGCGUGUCCGCAUCAUAGAACCUCUGUUCAUCUUCGUGAUUGUCUAUCUCGCCCACCUCACCGCAGAGAUGGUGUCGCUUUCUUCUAUAUUAGCGGUGACAUUCUGUGGCUUGUGCUGCAAAAAAUAUGUUGAAGCAAACAUCUCCAACAAGUCCAGGACCACUGUCAAGUACACGAUGAAGACUUUAGCCAGCAGCUCUGAGACGAUCAUCUUCAUCUUCCUUGGAAUAUCAGCAGUGGACACCUCCAAGUGGAUGUGGGACACGGCCCUGGUGCUGUCCACACUCCUCUUCAUCUUUGUGUUCAGGGCUGUUGGUGUUGUGCUGCAGACAUGCGUUUUAAACCACUUUAGACUCCUCCCACUGGACAGGAUAGACCAAGUUGUGAUGUCGUACGGUGGCAUUCGGGGUGCAGUCGCCUUUGCUCUAGUCAUUUUGCUAGAUAGGAGAAAAGUGAAAGCUAAAGACUAUUUUGUGGCAACUACGAUCGUGGUGGUGUUUUUUACAGUCAUGUUUCAGGGUCUGACCAUCAAACCUCUUGUCAAGUGGCUAAAAGUGAAGAGGCAAGACCACCACAAGCCUACGCUGAGUGAAGAAUUGAAUGAGCAUGCUUUUGACCACAUAAUGGCAGCCGUUGAGGACAUCAUAGGCCACCAUGGCUACCAUCAUUGGAGAGACAAGUGGGAGAAGUUUGAUAAGAAUUACCUGAGUCAGCUUCUGAUGAGGAAAUCUGCAUAUCGGAUCAAGGAUGAGAUAUGGGAGGUUUGCUACAAGCUGAACAUUCGGGAUGCAUUAAGUCUGGCAGAUCAGGGAGGUCAUAUAGUAUCACCGGAUAGACUGUCGUUGCCAUCCAUGCCAAGCCGAGCAUCCAUGUCGGAGACAUCAGUGACCAACCUUCUGCGGGAGAACGGGAGCAAAGCGUGUCUGGAUCUUCAGGCUAUUGACACUGUGCGCAGUGGGCGGGACAGAGAAGACGCAGUUAUGCAUCAUGUGCUGAGGGGCAGUCUCUACAAACCACGCAGGAUGUGCAAAGCCAGUUACAGUCGCCACUUUAUGACCCAGGAUGAACAAGAACGGCAGGAAAAAGAGGUUUUCCAGCAAAACAUGAAACGAAGAUUGGAGUCUUUUAAAUCCACAAAGCACAACAUCUGCUCAUCCAAGUCACGGCUAAAGAAAGAUGAACGCAAGAAGAGAAGAACUAGCAUGGAGCUUGAGUCACGAAAUGGAAGACAGAGCAAAGCUGUAAGCUGGAAAAAUACCGCAUCUAUUGUGGUCACUGCCGACUCAGAAGAUGAUUUUUCAGAUGUUAUGAUAGAGGAGGACGAGGGUAUUACCUUUGUUGCUUGUGCAACAGAUGAAAUUCUCCACAAUGUUAAAAUCUCAGGAAUGUUGGGAGUCUGUCAAAGUCCUCGAAUUGCCCCACCAUCACCAACUAUGGCUGAGAAGGUUCUUCCAUGGAAAGGGGAGCCAGAUGAAAACAUGGUCCGUAUCUCUUUAGAGACUACAAAAAUAGUCCCGGUUGAUCUACAAAAGUCCUGGAAGCAAAGCAUCUCCUCUUUAGAGAGCAUUGGGUCUCCACCAGCUCCUGACACCAACUCAGAUGGAGCUAAGUGUUUGAGGCAGGAGAUUUGCAGUCCACCCACCCUUCAGACUCUGCCAGAGACCUGCAGCUGUUUUCCUUUCACUGGUUCUCAAUCACAAGGUAUAAAAAGUCAUUUAGGUUCUGCAGACAUCCAGCAACAAGAACUUCAACCAUUAAUGCCCCCGGAAGACGUUUUUGGUUUGAGUCCUGUGUCUAUCAGGCAGAACCAUAACAAAAGACGACUGCAGCUUCAUCGAACUUCCAAAAUCUGA